GCUACCGCUGUUGCCGCCCUGUGCCCGCCCUUUUCCGACCCUCUCUUUCCCCAGCGCCCUUGGACAAGCGGGCCCGGAGCCCCCAGCGCGUCCUCUGUGUGUCCCCAGAAACCUCUGCGCUCCUGUCAUGAGCCUGGCGUUGUGAUGACAAACUUCUCACCCACUAUCUGAGUGAAUCCUUCCAACCAGCCCAGGAGGUGAUAAUGCUUGAACUGAACAAUUAGGUAAGCUUUAUGACCUAUGUAAUAUGCUGUUCUUAUUCGAAUUUCUUUAUUUAUAGAAUUUAGCUGAAUUGCUAACGUAAUGUUUAACCUUGGUGAAGAUUAUUGACUUUGGGCAGUCUUUCCAAACUCUGGAAUACAAGAGACUUCAUUUUAAGGGUUCUGAAGUCAAAGAUCUGGUGACUUUAACAAUGGCAGGAAAAUCAUCACUUUUUAAAGUGAUUCUCCUUGGAGAUGGUGGAGUUGGGAAGAGUUCUCUUAUGAACAGAUAUGUAACCAAUAAAUUUGAUACCCAGCUGUUCCAUACAAUAGGUGUGGAAUUUUUAAAUAAAGAUCUGGAGGUGGAUGGCCAUUUUGUUACCAUGCAGAUUUGGGACACAGCCGGUCAGGAGCGAUUCAGGAGCCUGAGGACGCCGUUUUACAGAGGUUCUGACUGUUGCCUGCUUACUUUUAGUGUCGAUGAUUCUCAAAGCUUCCAGAACUUGAGUAAUUGGAAGAAAGAAUUCAUAUAUUAUGCAGAUGUGAAAGAGCCGGAAAGCUUUCCUUUUGUGAUUUUGGGUAACAAGGUUGACAUAAGUGAACGACAGGUGUCUGCAGAAGAAGCCCAAGCCUGGUGCAGGGACAACGGCGACUAUCCUUACUUUGAAACAAGUGCAAAAGAUGCCACUAAUGUCGCAGCAGCCUUUGAGGAGGCAGCUCGAAGAGUUCUCGCUACCGAGGAUAGGUCGGAUCACUUGAUUCACACAGACACGGUCAAUUUGCACCGGAAGCCCAAGCCUAGCUCAUCUUGCUGUUGAUCAUUAAAGAGAUCGCUGGGCAUUCUAACCAGCUCACACAUACACACAACAUAAGUACGAGUGUGGGUAAAUUCGUGUUUGCAGCAAGAUAUCAUCUACUAAUAAAGUUAAACUAAUGGAUGUUGCUGCUUCCUUACUGGGUGGGAGAAGGGGCACAGCCACUCACGGAGGAAUCUAUUUACUGAAUAAUGGCACCUUACAUUUCUAAAUUGUAACGGCUGUCUAAUAAGAUUUCUUUAAUUUAAGUAUGUUACAGAGCUAAUAAGUGAGAUGACCAAGACUUUAAUUAUAA